AAGAGAUUAACAAACAAGGAGUGUCACAUGGCAUGUGAGCAACAGCUGUGUCCACUCUUCAACUUGAUAAAUACCCUUCUUACCUUCCUUACUACGACUUUUGACUCUGCUUUUCUUUCUCUUUCUCUAAUAUUCAUUUCAUUUCAUUUUUACACACACUCUCCGAACCAGAGCUAACUUGCGUGCUAUGAGCUCUUUCCCUCUCUCUCUCUAAUGGCAGAGCUCAAACCCUGAAAGCAAACUCCAUUUCUCCACUCAACACAAACACAAACAGAAACACCAACCCACUCUCUCACUCUCCUUGCCCAAAAUGAAACCUCUGUACAGAAACUCUCUCGUGCUAUUUUUCUUCUUCUUCUGCAAUCUCUCACACUCACUCAGAGACCCCACUCAGCAGCUCCUCAGCUUCAAAGCUUCUCUCCCCAACCCCUCGGUGCUCCCAAACUGGCUCCCAAACGAAAACGCGUGUUCAUUCACUGGAAUCACCUGCAACCAAACCCACCUCACUUCCAUAGACCUCACCUCCAUACCCCUAAGCACAAACCUCUCCAUGGUAGGGACCUACCUCCUCACCCUCGACCACCUCGAACUCCUCUCCCUGAAAUCCACAAACCUCACGGGCCCAGUUUCAAGCCACACUUCAAAGUGCGCGUCCUCAUUAACCACCAUAGAUCUCUCCCAAAACGCCCUCUCGGGUUCCCUAUCGGACAUGUCGUUUUUACCCUUCUGCUCUAACCUCCAAUCCCUCAACCUCUCAAACAACCUCCUCCAAUUCGAUUCGCCACGCUGGAGGCUCAACCUCCAAGUCGUGGACCUCUCAUACAACAAGAUUAUAGGGCCAGGGCUUCUCCCUUGGAUCCUCAACCAGGACCUCAAACACUUAGCUCUCAAAGGAAACAAAAUCACAGGACAAGCCGACUUCACUGCCUGCGCCGUUUUGCAGUACUUGGACCUUUCCUCCAACAACUUCACCGUCCCUAUUCCUUCCUUCGGUGAGUGCUCUUCCCUCCAGUACCUCGACCUCUCUGCCAACAAGUACUUCGGCGACAUUGCUCUCACUCUCUUCCCUUGCAACCGCCUCGUUUACCUCAACGUCUCUAGCAACCAGUUCUCCGGUCCGCUUCACUCUCUCCCCUCCGCUUCCCUCCAGUUCGUCUACCUCGCCGCCAACCACUUCGACGGCCAGAUUUCGCCCUCGCUCGCCGACCUCUGCCCCACUCUCCUUCAACUCGAUCUCUCCUCCAACAACCUCACCGGCCCCCUCCCCGGCGCGUUCGGCGCGUGCACCUCUCUAGAAUCCUUUGACAUAUCUAGCAAUAAGUUCACUGGCUCGCUGCCGAUGGACGUCCUGACUCAGAUGAGUAGCCUGAGAGAACUCGCGGUGGCGUUCAACGAGUUCGACGGUCGCCUCCCCGAGUCACUGUCGAAGCUAGUGAGUUUGGAAUCGCUGGAUCUGAGUUCGAACAACUUCAGCGGGUCAAUCCCGGGAACCCUGUGCGUAGAUGGUGGGAAUAAUUUGCGGGAACUGUACCUACAGAAUAACCUUUUCACGGGUUAUAUUCCACCCACGCUCAGCAACUGUUCCAACCUCGUUGCUUUGGACUUGAGCUUCAACUAUCUCAAGGGGACUAUACCUCCGAGUCUAGGCAGGCUCUCGAAGCUUCGAGAUUUAAUCAUGUGGCUCAACCAGCUCCGCGGAGAGAUACCACAGGAACUCAUGUAUAUCACCACUCUCGAGAAUUUGAUCCUUGACUUUAACGAGUUGAGUGGGAACAUUCCCUCUGGACUCGUUAACUGCACCAAAUUGAACUGGAUCUCCCUCUCCAACAACAGGCUCAGUGGGGACAUUCCACCGUGGAUUGGCAAGCUUUCCAAUCUCGCCAUUCUCAAGCUCAGUAACAACUCGUUCUCCGGUCGGAUUCCGCCGGAGCUCGGGGAUUGUAAUAGUUUGAUAUGGUUGGAUCUGAAUACGAAUUCGUUGACGGGUCCGAUUCCGCCGGAGUUGUUCAAGCAAUCGGGGAAGAUAGCGGUGAAUUUCAUCAGUGGGAAGACUUAUGUUUACAUUAAAAAUGAUGGAAGCAAGGAGUGUCAUGGAGCGGGGAAUUUGCUGGAGUUUGCGGGGAUAAGCCAGCAGCAGCUGAACAGGAUUUCCACCAGGAACCCUUGCAAUUUCACUAGAGUUUAUGGAGGUAAGUUGCAGCCAACGUUUAACCACAAUGGUUCUAUGAUCUUUUUGGAUAUCUCUCACAACAUGUUGUCUGGGAGUAUUCCUAAGGAAAUUGGGGAGAUGUACUAUUUGUACAUUUUGAAUUUAGGGCACAAUAAUGUAUCUGGAAGCAUUCCUCAAGAGCUUGGGAAGAUGAAGAACCUCAACAUCCUUGAUCUCUCCAAUAAUAGGCUGGAAGGCCAAAUUCCCCAGAGUUUGACGGGUCUUUCCUUACUCACUGAGAUUGACUUGUCCAACAACUAUCUUUCCGGGUUGAUUCCCGAAUCAGGUCAAUUUGAUACUUUCCCUGCAGCCAGGUUUCAGAACAACUCUGGUCUCUGUGGAGUUCCUCUCUCCCCGUGUGGGACGGACUCCGGAGCUAGUGUAAGUGCCCAACAUACCAAGUCUCAUAGGAGGCAGGCGUCGCUUGCAGGGAGUGUGGCCAUGGGGUUGCUGUUUUCCCUCUUCUGCGUCUUUGGUUUGAUUAUAAUUGCCAUUGAGACCAGAAAGAGGAGGAAGAAGAAGGAAGCUGCCCUUGAUGCCUACAUUGAUGGGAACUCUCAUUCGGGUACCGCCAAUGUGAGCUGGAAGCUCACCAGUGCUCGCGAAGCACUCAGCAUUAACCUUGCAACGUUUGAGAAGCCCCUCAGGAAGCUCACUUUUGCGGACCUUCUAGAAGCUACCAAUGGCUUUCACAAUGAUAGUCUUAUCGGUUCUGGUGGAUUUGGGGAUGUUUACAAGGCUCAGUUAAAGGAUGGGAGUAUUGUGGCCAUCAAGAAGCUGAUACAUGUAAGUGGACAAGGGGACAGGGAAUUCACUGCUGAGAUGGAAACCAUUGGGAAAAUUAAGCACAGGAACCUUGUUCCCCUUCUGGGCUACUGCAAGGUUGGGGAGGAAAGGCUCUUGGUUUAUGAGUACAUGAAAUACGGAAGCUUGGAGGAUGUUCUGCAUGACCAGAAAAAAGCUGGGAUCAAGCUGAGCUGGGCAGUGAGGAGGAAAAUUGCCAUUGGAGCUGCCAGGGGAUUGGCUUUUCUUCACCACAAUUGUAUCCCGCACAUCAUUCAUAGAGACAUGAAAUCAAGCAAUGUGUUGCUUGAUGAGAACCUGGAAGCCAGAGUGUCUGAUUUUGGAAUGGCUAGGCUUAUGAGUGCUAUGGAUACCCAUUUGAGUGUGAGCACAUUAGCUGGCACCCCAGGGUAUGUGCCCCCUGAGUACUAUCAGAGCUUUAGAUGCUCCACCAAAGGUGAUGUCUAUAGUUACGGUGUGGUUUUGUUGGAGCUGCUAACCGGGAAGAGGCCUACUGAUUCGUCUGAUUUUGGUGAUAAUAAUCUUGUUGGAUGGGUUAAACAGCAUGCCAAGACGAAAAUAAGUGAUGUUUUUGACCCUGAGCUUAUGAAGGAAGACCCCAAUUUGGAGAUUGAGCUUUUGCAGCACCUAAAGGUUGCAUGUUCCUGUUUGGAUGAUCGACAUUGGAGGCGUCCGACGAUGAUUCAAGUCAUGGCAAUGUUCAAGGAAAUCCAGGCAGGAUCUGGGAUCGAUUCUCAGUCAACCAUAGCCACUGAAGACGAAGGUUUCAAUGCCGUUGAAAUGGUAGAGAUGAGCAUUAAAGAAGCCCCUGAAUUAAGCAAGCAUUAGGCAACAAAUCCCGGAAACGUCAAGAGGAUUCUUUGGUAAAAAGGACAAGAAGAAUGAAGGAGGAGAUGACGGUUUCAGCUCCCCCCAAAGUUUUUUCCUUCUUCUCUGCCGCUUAAAAUUAAUUCAGACGUAAGAGCAAACGGUUAAAAGGGGAAUGAAUGCUUGGUUGGGUCUUUGAUGUAUGUAGUCUUGUUAUUUUUAUACAUAAAAAAAAGUUGUUUAACUUGUAUAUAAACAGCUUCAGUUGUUACCACCUGUGUUUUCCUAGAAUUUUCAAAGUACUUUCUUUCUCAUUCAGAUAUAAGCCUGAAAAGGUUCUGUUGAAUCUGCGAGCCCAGUGAUGGCGACUAAGUGGAGGAUCUUUUGGCCCUUUCUUUGGGCUGUUCGAUUUGUUUUCCCCCAUUUGAUCGACUGCAACUUUUGCUCGGAUUUUGCGAUUUAAUUUGUCAAAACAUGCCUGUAAAAUGACUUUAACGUCAAUUUUCUUUAAUAAGAAAAUUAUACCCUAC